AUGGCUAUCCUGAACAGGUUCUUCCUCCCUGGUAGGGACAACCCUCACCAAGUGUCAGUGAGUGGUACCGAUAUUCAACAUACCGUUGUCGGCGAUGGGGAAUUCAAAUACACCGUGGAGCAGGGUGGUAAUGAAUCACCCCCGAGCUAUCAAGAAGCAUCCGGUGCUCCUGUCGAGACCAAGUCGCCGCUUGGCUAUUCUGUUGGGCGGAUCACGAUCCUGUUCCUUAACAUCAGUAUGAUGAUCGGAACCGGUGUUUACUCGACGCCUGCCGUCAUUCUGUCUGGUGUUGGGUCUGUAGGCCUCUCAUUUAUCUACUGGGUCCUCGGCUUCCUCCUUUGCGCCACCUCGCUGGCCGUCUACCUCGAGUACGCCGCCUACUUUCCCAACCGAUCUGGCUCCGAAGUGGUGUACCUGGAACAAGCAUAUCCUCGACCGAAGUGGCUCUUCCCUACCACAUUUGCGCUGUGGUACCUGAUCCUAUCUUUCAGCUCUAGCAACUGCAUCGUCCUUGCCAGCUACCUUUUCCAAAUCAACGGCCACGAACCGACAGCAUGGGAGUUGAAGGGGGUGGCUUUGGCAGCAUGGACCGUUGUUAUACUGGUCCUUACAUUCAACAAUCGCUUUGCAUAUAUCUUUUCCAACGCUGUUGGCGCAGUGAAGCUCAUUACUUUGAUCUUCGUCAGCAUAACUGGACUGGUUGUCCUCGGAGGGCACACAAGCGUGAAAAAUCCUACGGCAAACUUCAAGAACGCUUUCUCGGGCACCUCAGAUGAGCCUUAUGGUUUGACCCAAGCAUUGGUGUAUAUCAUUUUCUCUUACGGAGGAUAUAACAACAGUUUCAACGUUGUCAACGAGGUCAAGAAUCCCAUCAAGGUCAUCAAGAUAUACUCAUCCGUUUCGUUACUUGUUGUGGCAACCCUCUACAUUCUGGCCAAUGUUGCCUAUAUCGCCGCCGUUCCCAUCGACGAGCUAAAGGCCUCCAAGCAGAUUGCUGCCUCCUUGUUCUUUGAGAAAGUCUUCGGCUCCAGUCGUGCCGUCAAGGGACUCAACUUUCUCAUUGCGCUCAGUGCAUUCGGAAAUUUGCUGGCUGGCAACAUUGGCGUGUCAAGAAUCACCCGUGAAUGUGGCAGGCAAGGUGUCCUGCCAUAUCCACGCUUCUGGUCCUCGAUACGACCGUUCGGAACUCCCGCAGGACCGUAUCUGAUUAAGUAUAUUCUUACAGUGAUCAUGAUCUUGGCUCCCCCGGCUGGGGAUGCUUUCAAUUUCGUCGUCAGUCUUCAGUUAUAUCCGGUUGCCAUGUUCAAUGUUUUGAUGGCAGUGGGAAUCUACCUUGUACGCUGGAGACACCAAAAGGCUGGCCUGCCGCGUGGGCCGUUCAGGGCUUGGGACGCUGCUGUCAUCUUCAACAUUCUCGUCAACUUGUACAUGGUCGUCAUGCCCUGGUACCCGCCAGUGAAAGGAGCAAGCAACGUUAGCUUUUGGUAUGCCACCUCUGUCGUUGUGGGCAUUGGCAUUGUCGGCCUCUGUGGAGUCUACUACUGGGUCUGGAUCAUCGCACUCCCGAAAUGGCGAGGAUAUCGCAUUCGCCAGGAGACCGAGCAACUCGAGGGUGGCGCCAAUAUGCACCAACUCGUCAAGGUCCCAGUCGAUCAGCUCGAGGAGUGGGAUGAAACUCACGACGCUGCCGGCAGACUCAUUGUCGAUGCGACUCAGGUCGAGAGCGGUGGACUCGUCAAGGGAACUGCUACUGUCGUUGACGAACUCAAGGUGUAG